UUACUUCGAUUCUUUUAAUUAACAACACGUACUCCACAUAAUACAAUUAAAACACAAAAUAACUAGGGUCAGUCAAACUUAACUUUGACUUUGACUUUGACUUUGACAUUCGGAAACACAGGGUGUUACAGGUUGGGGUGUGACAAGCUGUUCUUGUAUUCGUGAGUCUUAUGUGCAUAUUUAAAUAUAGUCUAGCACAAACGAGAAAUCAAUAUACAAGAAAAAUGUGCAAUAAAUGGUUACAAACGACCUUAAUUAUCCAUGGAACUUGUUGCAAUGUAUUCUAAUAUACAGUGAGGAGAAUAUCUUUAACAAAUUAACAUACCUGUGCGGCUGUAGAGUGGGGGAGGAAAUGGAGCAGGUCUAGCACAGGGGAGGAGAUGGAGCAGGUCUCGGCGACAGAGGAGAUGGUCGGCGGCGGAGGAGAUGGUGGGGGAGGAGCAGGGCGGCGGCGGUUGAGAUAGUGGUGGAGGAGCUUGGUGCGGUGGGAGUAAUCUAGGGUUUGGAGUGUUUUGAUGGAGAAGUGCUUUGAAGAGGGCAGAAGAUAUAACCCACCUCUGCCCGACAAAGAGGUGGGGAAGAUGUUUUUUAAUGAAAACUCUUCUAAAAAACAAACAAGCUGCAAGCCCUUAUGUCUGCGCGUGGUCUGCGUGAAGAAGAGAAAAGAGGUUCUGAAGUGCUUUUUCUAAAAAACAAACACCCCCUUAAUAAAAAAGAGUUAGAUAACUCUUUUUUAUAAAUGUUAUAAGUUGCUAGAUUAGUUUAUUAUUCUUUCUUAUAUAAAUAACAAACAUUGUAUUUAUUCCUGAUUGAGAAAUACAAAUUUUCCUUAGAUAAUGAAGGUUUUUUUUUAUUGUUUUCAUUUCAAUUUUCAGUUUCUUUUUUGUUACAUGGUAUCAGAGCGUACCAUGUACUUUGAUUUGUGAGAUAUAUAUAUAUAUGUAGGAUAAUGCUCUAUAAGAAACCCCAUUAUUUUAGAAAACUUAGCAAACUAUACUUGUGGCUUACAUUUAGCCACGUUGCACACAUACCCUUACUCUUACUUUUUGCAACAAGGUUAUAUUAGUAAUUUAACUUAACCACCAAGAUAUUUCCCCAAUAUGAAUUGAUAUGUUCAUUUAUUGCCCAUCAAAUCGUAUGUACCAUUCACCCUCCCCCAUAUUUCUUUUUCAAUAUUUCCUUUAUAUCUUCUUCAACAUUCAAUAGAAAAACCCCAUUUCAUAUUAUACUCCAAAUUAGCAAGUAACUCCAUUAAUAUCCAUGGAGACAAAUCCACCAACCUCCGAGUUAAUGUCGCCGGUCCAUAGUUUCCCCAACAGGUUCUUUAGCAGCGACUUCCAUAAUGAUGAGAUUCUCCAUGAAAGCAGAGGCCCUCGCUCGAAGAUAAAACAGAAUGAAAAGCACAACCGGCGGACCACGAGAGGUCAUUUUUUACGUAGGAAUAGCCUAGAGGGAAUCGAAUACUCGACUUAGACACAGGGGAUAGCCGGACGAGGGGACCUACGAUUGAAAUUCUGUUAAGGAAAUGGCCAGACCAUAUGUCAAUGGCGGCAUGCUCCAGGUUUGUCUACUUAUGUAACUUAACUCUUCUCGAUGUUCUGUUUUUUUUUUGUCUUUUACAACUUUUUAAUCGAAUAAUCCAACUAUACUGCAUGGCAAUGUUCACCUGUUCCAUUCGAAGCUUCUGUAUACACUUAUAUGCCUGUUGAUUGUUCGCGAUCAUCUGAAGUCCCUGUUAGAUCACCGGAUGUUGUGAUCUCCAACAAGUUCAUGAACAGCGCUUUUCAUGAUGACGAGGUUAUGGAUAAUGAGCAAGGUUUGUUUUUCUAUACACUGGUUUUGGACUUUUCUUCCCCAGAUAUGGCAUAGUUCAAACAUAUUCCAUAAUGUUCACAUGUAGCAUCCUAAGAUUCCCCUAUGCAGUUCAUGGCUGGUGCUGGUUCUGGAUCAUCUCAUGGUCCUUCUCUGUUUGCUGAAUCAUCACGCGGCCCGUUAGACGGUUGUAUAUAUUACAUGGGAGCCCACUUUAUUCUCGUAUCACAGAUUUCUAACCUUUUGUCAUGCCAUAUACCAGAUUCCUAACCUUUUUCGUUUUCUGAUGCAGGGCCAUCGAAUCCAUACUUCGUUUUUGAUACCCCUCAGGGAACCCGCUACUGGAUUCCUAACAUCGCUGAUAAGUUCAUACCAGUGUGUGGGAAAUCUUAUCCAACUUUUGAGGAUGUUCUUUCCAUGUAUGAACUUUAUGCGUUUGAAGCAGGUUUUUCUGUAAAAAAAAGGGCAAACUAAAGUCUGGAAUGGAAUUCCCACACACAAGUAUCUUCGAUGCUCAAAAUAUGGAAAACCACAACCCAAGAGGACUUUUGACACCCUAGAUGAAUCUUCUCUAAAGCCCCGGAGGACCAACUUCACAUGGUGUGACUGUAAGGCAAGCAUUCUAGUCUCAAUCUCGAAUGAUUCAUACACAGUUCUGAGUUUCAAUGAUAUUCAUAAUCAUGAACUUGUUGAGAGUUACAACCGUGAUCUUAGCAAGAUAUCACGGAAGCUGUCAUUCUCCACCAAACAAUUCAUUCACAAUAUGAGUCUAAACCGUAUCGGACCCAUGAGAGCUUAUAGAUGUCUUGUAGCUUUAAAAGGAGGGCAUCACAAUGUCAAUGGGACUCCGGUGGAUUUUAAAAACUUUAGCCACCAGUUGCGAAUUUUUAUUGGUGAACGCGACGCACAAGUUUUCCUCGAACGCCUGCGUGAGCGCUUUGACAACCUACCCAACUUCUAUUUUGAUUACACUGUAUCAAAUGGAAAGUUGUCUUCUGUAUUCUGGGCUGAUGAGAUUUCAAAGCUAAACUACAAAGCUUUUGGCGAUGUCCUCACCUUUGACGCAACUUACAGCACUAACAGGUACAAGAUGGUUUUUGUGCCAUUCACGGGUGUGGAUCAUCAUUUCCAAUGUGUUACAUUUGGAGCGGGUUUGAUAUCAACCGAGUCCAUUGAAUCUUAUGUGUGGUUGCUUAAGGCUUUCUUGAAGGCACACGGUACUCAACCAACUCUCGUGCUGAGUGAUCAAGACCCAUCCAUGCUUCAAGCUGUUCCUAUGGUCUUUACCGAAUCACGACACCGUCUAUACAUGUGGCAUAUAAUGAAAAAACUACCCUCCAAGAUCUCUGCGGACGUUCUCGAUAAUACUGAUCUUCGGUCCUGCAUUCACCGGUUGGUUUGGAAUGUUUAUAUCAAACCUGAAACGUUUGAGUCCCGCUGGAAUGACCUCCUACAAACAUUUGGACUUCAAGACCACAGCUGGUUGAACGACAUGUACAACAUCAAACAUCUUUGGGUACCAGCGUACUUCAGGGAACUGCCCAUGUGUUGCUUAAUGAAGACCACUUCACGCUGCGAAAGCUCUAACGCUGCCUUCAAGGUCAACUCAACAAGCGCAAACACCCUUGUACAAUUUAUGAUGUGCUUUGAAAAUAGGGUAGACAGCCAACGAUAUCGGCAACGUGUAUCGGAGUACAAAACCUCAUCCACGGUGUUCACGGGCAAUACUGAUUUAGCGAUAGAACAGCACGCGUUCGUCAUUUACACAAACGCUGUUUUCGCGCAAGUUCAAAAGGAGAUAAUUAAAGGGAAGUUUUUAUGCUACAUCACAAACCAAACCGAGUCCAGCAAUUCCAGUCUUUUGAUAGACGCCACUCAUUUGGAUAAAAGGAACAACAUCACAAACGUCUAUCAGGUUACGUAUAACACUGUAGACCAAUCCGCCAGUUGCUCAUGCAGGAAUUUCACACGUAUCGGAUAUCUGUGUCGCCAUGUCUUUUGCGUCUAUCGAUUGAAAAAUGUUGAAAGGAUUCCACCCCAAUACAUAAACGAUAUGUGGCGCCGAGAUGCCCUCCCCAAACAGGUUUUUUCAAUUUCCAGCCGAUACGGAGUCAACCCACACGCACCGUCCGUUAUGCGGAAUGAAAUCCUCGACCUCGUUACUGAAUGCGUUGAUGUGGCCAGAACCGAUGAGGAUUCGUUGGCAAAAUUGGUUGACCAACUCAGGGAUUUCAAGAUCAAUGUGCUUUCCAAGCAACCAUUGUGUACAAUUCAAAAUGAAUCAAACGAGUGUGAAAUGGAAGAAAUAGUUGGGCAACCAAUCAACAUUCCAGUCGAAGUUGCAAAUCCAGAAGUUGCACACAAUAAAGGAUGUGGUACUCAUACUCGCAUUUCCGGGCCCGGUGAGAAGGCAAAGGCAAAACCACCAAAACGUCCAAAGCAGCUUCGUUUAUGCAAGCGUUGUGGUCUGUAUGUCGACGACCACGACUCACGCAACUGCGUUAAGGUGGCUGCAAUGAAAGCAGCAAAGGCAGCUGCUGAACAACAAAGGCAGACCGCCCCUGGUGCCUCACCCUCUGAUUAAAAUCUUUAUUUUCGUUUUCUAGUACUAUGUAAUGGGAGACUCUCUUCAUUUUGGCCUUCUUACACACAUGUAACAGUCUUUUAACAUCCUCCUGCUCUUUUCUGUUACGUGUGUAAGAAGGUGGAACUAUUUUGAUCCCAUUUAUCAUAAAUAGUCUUGUAAGAAACUCUAUGGCCUUGGCCACUUUUGUGUUUGUAGCCCUACUUUUUUGUGGACCUCUGUUUGCUAUUAAUGGGCUUAUCUUAAUAUUAUAUGCAUUGAUAAUUGUGUUUUUGGUUUAUAUUUUGUACCAUAGCAUAAAAACAGAUGCUUAACACAUGUUAGCCCCCAUAAUUUGUUUUUUUUUAACUGGAAAGGAUCAAAACAAACUGUGUUAACCACACCAAUAGCUUAUAUAUUAAGACACAUCAGGUUAUAGAAUUAAACUUCACAUCUAGCCAACUUAACCACA